CUGUUUGUAGUACCUGCGUAUAGUAGGGGCCGUGUGAUAGUAAAAGCGGUUGGAAAGUGCAUUCAUACGGGAAAUCGUCGAUCUAAAAAGUUUAUCUCACGUUCUAUAUAGUUUACAAUCUUUUAUACAAUUGGCGUAUGAACGGAUUCGAGGUUUGAAAAUUGAAGCCAUUUUCACAUACUCGAGUACCUUUUGGUAGUAUUUACGUGUCAUUUAGUGAUCGUGAUGUUAUGUGUGCUACAUAGAGGUGAUAGAGACACGAACAUACAUGUUUGGUUUCUGUAUCUCAUACCAGACUCCAUUUCAACAUUACUAUAAGCCUACGGAGUUCACAAUGACUUUGGAUUAUUGUGAUCCAUUUUCCACCUGCUAAUCGGAAGGCGAUGAAAAGAACCCAACAAACAUGGAUGGUGUGAAGAAAAUUCAUUCGGGAACACUAUACCGUAACGGGCCGGUGGAAGGCGCCUACGGUCAGCAGCACAGCCCCGUGUCGCGAUCGGACGCCUCCACCGAGGACGCGGAGCUGUCCGCUGCGCUUGCGCAUCAGCACCAUCUCGCUAUGCAGGCGGGCGAGUACCCAGUGGGUGGUGGCGUAGAGGCGGAAUACAGUCAAUAUGUGUCAUCACCCGCUGCGCAUUACAAUCACAUGGGACACCUUACUAUGGCGCCCUCACAGAAGUACCCACACGUUAUGGAAGCAGUGUCAGUUGGCAGUGGCUAUGGUGGUGUCGGUGGCGGUGCGAGCGCAGGCCACUACGGCACAUACGCGCAUUACGGCGCUGCCUAUCCCGCACAGCCCUACCUCGUUGACCCCCAAAUGCCGGCUUACAUGACUCAGGAGUACGUAGAAGGUGGUGGUAGUGCAUCUCCCCGAAGCGCGUCUCCGGGUGCCCUUCCUCCUCAGCACAAUUUACAUCUGCAACAAAGAUACGAUUCAUCGUCGCUGGAGCAGUUAGGCCGCCAUUACUGUGUGACGUCACCGCGAAACGAGUACGCAGCGGAUGCGUAUACGUACCAACAUUACCAGCCCGCUAUUGACCCUCAACAUCACACGGCGCAGCCAUUUAAGGAUUCACAAAACGGCUUAAGCUUAGGAAGUACUGGUGGACAGUCCUUGUAUGGAGACGAAGAGGAAUUACAGAAACAAAUGGCAAAUAUGGCUUUAGUCCAUGGCGGAGUGGGUCGCGAAGAGGGCGGAGGUCUGCAAUGGAGGGACCCCAAUUUGCCAGAGGUCAUCGGGUUCCUCAAUUCGCCGUCAGAUGUCGUUAAAGCUAAUGCCGCAGCCUACCUGCAACAUCUCACUUAUAUGGACGAUCCUAAUAAACAGAAAACUAGGAGCUUAGGUGGAAUACCUCCCCUAGUGCGACUAGUGACUCAUGAGAACCCCGAAGUAUCCCGAAACGCGUGUGGUGCGCUUCGUAAUCUCUCUUACGGGAGACAGAACGAUGAGAAUAAAAGGGCCAUACGGGACGCGGGAGGAAUUCCUUCUCUUAUGGCUCUGCUUUGCAGGACUUCUGAUAUGGAGGUGAAAGAGUUAGUGACGGGCGUAAUUUGGAACAUGUCCUCGUGUGAAGAUCUUAAACAGUCGAUAAUAGAUGACGCAGCUCAAGUUAUAUUUAAUAAAGUUAUUAUUCUGCAUUCUGGUUGGCAUCCCACGAACCCUGGUGAAACGUAUUGGUCUACUAUAUUCCGUAACGCGUCCGGUACGCUCCGCAACGCAUCGUCAGCGGGCGAGUACGCACGGCGACGACUGCGUUCGUUGCCCGGUCUCGCCGAAGCCCUGCUACACACAGUGCGAACGGCCCUCAACGUCAAUGCUAUCGGUACUAAGGUGGUUGAAAACUGCGUUUGUGUGCUGCGAAAUUUGUCUUAUCGAUGUCAAGAAAUAGAUGACCCGUUGUACGACACACGGGCGCCACCCACACAGAGUACCGGACAGGCGCGGAUACAAGCUAGUGCUUCAAAAGUUUGUUUCAUCUUAGGAGAGAAUCUAGGCUGUUUCGGUGGUAGCAAGAAGAAGAAAGAGGGUUCUUCUUCUAACUCCACCAGCCCUUUGGGCAAGAACGAUGCGGAUUCACAGCCAUUGGAGACGGGGAACUCUUUGGGGUAUACUGUUCCAAAGGGUACAGAAAUGUUGUGGUCACCUGAGGUGGUUCCACUAUAUAUGGCCCUACUCCAGACGUGUUCUAACCCCGAAACUCUGGAAGCGGCGGCCGGCGCUUUACAAAACUUGGCGGCUUGUUACUGGCAACCCUCUAUUGACAUUAGGGCUGCGGUUAGAAAGGAGAAAGGUCUACCAAUCCUUGUAGAACUACUCCGUAUGGAAGUAGAUCGCGUUGUUUGCGCUGUUGCGACCGCACUGCGGAAUCUGGCCAUCGACCAAAGGAAUAAGGAGUUGAUUGGGAAAUAUGCAAUGCGGGAUCUGGUGCAGAAGUUGCCUAGUGGGAACCAGCAACAUGAUCAGGGUACCUCCGACGACACGAUAGCAGCAGUGUUGGCUACCCUCAACGAGGUGAUAAAGAAGAGCGCGGAGUUCUCACGUUCUCUUCUUGAAGCUGGUGGAGUUGAGCGGCUGCUUAACCUCACUAAGCAGCGGCACAGACACACGCCUAGGGUGCUUAAGUUUGCGGGCCAAGUACUGAUGACAAUGUGGUCUCACGCGGAGUUACGUGAGGUAUACCGUAAACACGGUUGGCGUGAAGCCGAUUUCCUUACUCCGGCUCGGGCCGCUCAACCAACGAGGAAUUCCAGUACUAGCGGUCAAGGCACGCCGUCGUCAGGCACAGCGGGGGCGCCACAUUCGCCUAGCAACGCUAACAGCACGCUCAGUCGGCCUAUGGCUUCCACGGGGGGCACACGUUACGAGGACCGCACGAUACGCAGGCAUCGAGAGAACGAGGAUAUGCCUCCAAUGGACGCGAAUAAUUAUGCAGAUGGACUAGGAAUGGGAAAUCCAAACGGUCGGCCGAUGAAUCUUCAAGGUGUUCAGGCACAGAUGCCCCCUCCUAGCACACGUUGAGUUACCGAUGAAUGUUAAUGAUUUUCCACAGAGUAAAAAGCUUUUUAUUAUAUGGUAACUUGAGUCGAUCAAUUUCAUUUGAAUGUGCAUUUAAACCCAGUGCGAGAUUUUAGGGUCUAUAAAAUAUGUUUUUUACUAAAUCAGUCCGCUCUCUUUUAACUGAAGUAUUUUGUCUCUUUCUUUCAAAGUGUAUACGUUGUGAGGAAAAGAGAUAGAUGAUUUAAAUGCGUUUAGACUGAUUUGUUGGUGGGGUUCUUCUCACUUAUUGGAACAUUCCAUAUAGAAAGUUGAUUUUGAAAAAUUGACGAACACAGACGUAUUUUAUAGACCAUAGACAACUUUUGGAAUAUCAAUUUUUUACAUUCUCAGACAAUAGCUAAACGAAAAGACAUUUAAUCGAUUUGUGUAAUUUUGGUACUUUAUAGUACGUAUUGGUAACGCAUUUAUAUUCGAUAAUCGUAAGAUAUGAUAUAAUCAUUAAUGGAUUACCAUUUACAGUGCAAGUGUUUAAUGAAUUUUUUAUAUGAAUUUUGUUCGGGAGUUUCGAUUCAGCUAUUUCAUGUCAAUUCCCCUGUAUAUAAUCGUGCCAUUAUUGACAUAAGGGGUUUAUAGGUGUUAUAUCUUCUAUUCAUAAGCAAUUUAUUGCAUAACGAAUCUAGUGACCAUUAUUUUAACUAUUAGUAACGCUUAGAAAGCAUUCAAGUAUUACGUAACGAAUUUUAGGGAGGGGGGGGGUGUCCUUUCGUAAAACGAACGAAGCGGGGCGGGGAUAAAAGACAGAAAAACGUUACGUUACAUGCCCCCCCCCCCACCCAUGUAACGUAACGGGGUGGCAAUAUCUCCAAAAAAUUGCGUGACGUAAUACUUGAACGCUCCCUAAGCGAUAUUCAUAGUUGAAUCAGAAGUGGUUUUUGUAACCAUUCCACAUUGUAUGUCUUUUUACCUGUCCGUUUGUAUAUUGUGUAAGUAGUAGAUUUUGGUCGAGUGGAUUGUAAUUGGACAGUUU